GGCGUCGUCCGCGGGGGCGGGGCCCCCCCAGGCCCGACCCUGGGCCCUGCAGAAGUACCCGGAAACGCGGGGCGGAGGCGAGCAGCGAGCAGCCGGGCCCCUCCCUCCCGGGGUCCAGAUGCGCCUUUGCUCGCUGCCUCGCUGAAUGCCGCAGGGUCUUCAUCUGGUCACGGUGCGGGUUUAAUAUCGGGUCCCUUUUAUGAAGUAUGAGCCAUAAGCAUUUACCCUUUAAAAACACCAUUUUGAGACGUUGACUGAGAACACGCACCGGGGCGGAGGGUGGUGCGGCCGUCUCCGCGCGGCGGGGCCCGGCGGCCGCCGUCCGGGGCUGUGGCGACUCUCGUCCCCGCCGCGCGUCCCCACCCCCGCGAUUCCGAGGUCCUGGCCCGCGACGCGCCCACGGUGCACGCUUCUUAAAAGCUGUGAAAAGAUGCGUGUUUCUCUUGGUGCCACGUGCAUGCACGAAUGCUCAGUCUUUCUCUGGGAUGGAGCUCCAUGAGGAUCUUGUAAAGUAUUUUCAUCCAACAACAAUUACUGGAUAAACUGCAAGGAGUAAGGACGUUGAAUAAUAUAAUACAUUUAAGAGAAAAAUGGAUGAAGAACCUGAAAGAACUAAGCGAUGGGAAGGAGGCUAUGAAAGAACUUGGGAGAUUCUUAAAGAAGAUGAAUCAGGAUCACUUAAAGCUACAAUAGAAGACAUUCUUUUCAAAGCAAAGAGAAAAAGAGUGUUUGAGCACCAUGGACAAGUUCGUCUUGGAAUGAUGCGCCAUCUUUACGUGGUAGUAGAUGGAUCGAGAACAAUGGAAGACCAGGAUUUAAAGCCAAAUAGACUGACAUGUACUUUAAAGCUGUUGGAAUACUUCGUAGAGGAAUAUUUUGAUCAAAAUCCUAUUAGUCAGAUUGGAAUAAUUGUAACAAAGAGUAAAAGAGCUGAAAAACUGACGGAACUCUCAGGAAACCCGAGGAAACACAUAACAUCUUUGAAGAAAGCUGUGGAUAUGACGUGCCAUGGAGAACCGUCUCUGUAUAACUCCUUGAGCAUGGCUCUGCAGACUCUCAAACACAUGCCCGGCCACACGAGUAGAGAAGUCCUGAUCAUCUUUAGCAGCCUCACGACUUGUGACCCAUCUAAUAUCUAUGACCUCAUCAAGACCCUAAAGGCAGCUAAAAUUAGAGUGUCUGUUAUUGGAUUGUCUGCAGAGGUUCGGGUUUGCACUGUACUUGCUCGAGAAACUGGUGGCACAUACCACGUUAUUUUAGAUGAAAGCCAUUACAAAGAAUUGCUAACGCAUCAUGUUAGUCCCCCUCCGGCUAGCUCAAAUUCUGAAUGCUCUCUUAUUCGUAUGGGAUUUCCUCAGCAUACAAUUGCUUCUCUGUCUGAUCAAGAUGCAAAACCUUCUUUCAGCAUGGCGCACCUGGAUAGCAGCACCGAGCCAGGACUCACAUUAGGAGGCUAUUUCUGCCCCCAGUGUCGGGCGAAGUACUGUGAGCUUCCCGUGGAGUGUAAAAUCUGUGGUCUCACUUUGGUAUCUGCUCCCCAUUUGGCACGAUCUUACCAUCAUUUAUUUCCUUUGGAUGCUUUUCAAGAAAUUCCUCUAGAAGAACAUAAUGGAGAAAGAUUUUGUUAUGGAUGUCAGGGGGAAUUGAGAGACCAACAUGUCUAUGUCUGCACGACGUGCCGACACGUCUUCUGCGUGGACUGCGACGUGUUCGUCCACGACUCUUUGCAUUGCUGCCCUGGCUGCAUACACACGAUGCCAGCUCCCACAGGUGUUUGACUCCAGCAGGCGGCACACCUGUACGUGCUAAAGAGAAACUUGCAGUUGUAAAUAAAAUGUCUUGAGAAGAAGCUCCAAUUAAAACACAACAGUCUGAAAGGAAAAUCUGACUUAAGAAACUUUUUGCUAAGAAAAUGUAGUAUUUUAUUUAAAAGUUUGUGUUUUGUCACAGAAAUGCCUGGAAUUCAGUAGUAUUUCAUUCAGUUUUGUUUUCUAUUAUUUUGAGUUAUGUUUUCAAAGUUGUUAUAUGUUAUUGUAUUUAAGUUACUUAUAAUAAUUAAAUUGAUGUGAUAAUUGUUUUAUAGUUAAA